AUGGGCCCGAUCCGUGCGUGGACCCUGGCGGCUGUGGCAGUGAACAAGGUGCUCAGCCAGGACUGCUCCGGCCAUGGAGUAACGUGGGGCCAAGGCAUCGGGCCACCACCCGACGGUUGCGGUAAUGGCGGCCCCCCGACCGACGGUGGCACCACGGCCGGAUGCACGAACCCCACUUGUGCAAGUCCUCCGUGCGGCGCAAGGCUGCUGGGGGAUGUCGGAUGCACCACAGUUUCGGGAACCGAAACAUUGAGCCACGAGCUGAUCUCGGCAGGGGGGACGAUUGCCGCCAAUGCUCACAUCUACGGGCCCUUUGAGGCAGGCUUCACCGAUCAGCAGAGCAACAUCAUCUCCAACUGGGGAUGCUCCGACCCGACUCUGGUCUACGACACGGAGGGCGGCAAGGACAUUGGCAUUGCCGAGCGCCAUGUGGCGUACAAGUGCAACAUUGAGUUCCCACGCACGGUCGGCAACACCUACUUCGGUGUGGUCGGCCCUUGCGGUGGUCACACGGGAGACUACCACUUCCAUCGCAGCUUCGCUUGCCUCUACUCAGCCUCGGGCGGCCACUCCACGAAGGUGGGUGUCGUCACGAGCUACAACAUCUAUGGCAAGUGGGAGGACUACGAGAACAACAAGCUGCCGCUGCUGGACGCCUGCGGUGCCCACAUUGGGCCAACGCCGGAGAGCUCCACUCCGGUGUACCACUACCAUGUGCAAGAUCAGGCACCUUUCACAGUCGGCUGCCACGGGCCCAGUGCCACCGGUGGCCUGGUCAGCUUGUCUGUUUGCCGGUCGCUUUACCCAGACUGCGGCAGCAGCAGGGACGUCGUCAGCAUCACCCUAAAGACAGGCACGGUCCAGUAUGCCCGCUUCUGCCCCUGCUUCGAUGCCACUGGCUCGAACGUUGACACACAGGAGUUGCCGGCACUGGGAACCAGCGAGAUCUCCUACACGGCAGGCAGCACCACCACUAGCAGCACUAGCACGUCAUCUGCCUCGAGCACCACAGACUCGUCGUCCACGUCCACUAUCUCCCCGUCCACAGACUCUUCGUCCACACAAGGCACUACUCCGAGCACAUCGUCUGCCGCGGGCACGGGCUCGUCGUCCACGACCCCCUCGUCGGACUCAUCGACGUCGGAGUCAUCGACGUCGGAAUCGUCGACGACGGAUGCAUCGACGUCUUCCGCGAGUCCUUCUUAUUUGACCUCUGGAGGUUUCCUUUCCAACAAGGCGGGUUGGCUCCUUGGGGCAGCCGGCUGCCUGGCCGUCGCGCCCGACGCGCGCUGA